CAGAGGUCGACGUUCUGCUUGCUAGCUAGCACACGUGUGGACGAGAAAGAAAGCUGCAAAACACACUCAACACGCACAUACAUCUAGCUAGCGCGCGCAAUGCCGCCGCCGCCGUGGGCUUCCGCCGACGCCAAGGCCGCCGUCUUUCCCGUCCCGCCGCCGCCGCCGCCGGUGCGCUCGCGUGGAGGCCGCCGUUCCCUCCGCCCGUGCAGCGCACAGAAACCGGGAGGAAGCGAAGGGCGGCGAGGCGCCGGUGCGCUGCUGGUCUCCUCCAGAGGCGCCCUCCUGCGGUCCGGCGCCGCCCUCUUCGCGCUCGGCUUCGUCGACGCCGGGUACAGCGGAGACUGGUCUCGCAUCGGCGCCAUCUCCAAGGACACCGAGGAGCUGCUCAAGCUGGGCGCCUACGCCGUCGUGCCUCUCUGCGUCGCCUUCGUGUUCUUGCCAUCAUCGCAAGACAGCAGUGACGUCGAGUCCUAGGUCUAUAUCAUGUAGACCUUCGUCGGAGUCCUCGUGAUGCCGAGGGGUGGUUGAUACAUUUACAAACAAUUAAAUUGUU